AUGUAUUCGGCGUUACAAAACGGUUCAGGAACUCAAAAGUCUGGUCGUGGUAGGCGUAGCAGUAGUAGCAGAGCCCGUUCUGGGCAUCAGCAACAGCAGCAGAUCGGUCAGAAGCACUAUUCGCACGUUCCAUGCAAAUUCUAUCGACAAGGCAUGUGUCAGGCGGGGACUACAUGCCCUUUCUCACACUCCUUGAAUGAAGCUACAGCGGACCAGACACCAUGCAGAUAUUUCGAGAAGGGGAAUUGUAGAUUUGGUGCGCGAUGCGCAAAUGCACAUAUAUUGCCAGAUGGUACUCGAGCUAACAACAGAUCUCGGCAGCUACGCAAUACGGUUCAGAAUGAGAUUCAGCCAGUAUUACUUAGUAAUACAUGGUCUCCUACGGUGACUGCAACAAGUCCGCCAUUAUCAUUAUUAGAUAACGCGGCGCACCCUUUAUCUUCUAAUAACUAUGUCUACCAAACCGGCACUGUAGCUCAGUCGCCUUGGAAUAGUGUCGCAGGCAGCAGCGGCGGGUCCUCUGCGUUUGAUUUUAGCACUGACACCAACUGGAUCGAAAAUCAGUUGCGUCACCUGACACAGGAUUUAACUAAUAUGAAGAUUUACGGUCAAGAGGUCCCGGGAGGUUCUGGGACUACGAUUUGCGCGCCAGGUGACACUGAAAGAAAUAGCAGAGGAAAUGGUUCAAGGCAACAGCAGCAGCCAAGUGAAGAAAUACAGUUUCUGAUCGAUGAUCUGCACCAAAGCUUCUACUAG